UGCGGAUGGAGACACAACCCCGUGAGCUGUCGCCACCUUUUCGACUCUUACCGCCCACUUUUCCUGUAACUAGGGUGGAUGAGUUGCGUCACAUUUUACGACUGAAACGGCGUUUCAUCCUCAGGGACCUCCAGCAGGUGUUUCGCCUGACUCGCUCGGUUGGUGUUCGGUGUCUGGAAGUGGACCACGUACAGCAGUCGUUGUUACCGUUCAGGCCGUGUUUUACGUCUGAACCGAGUGAGUAAUAACAGGAGUUUUGGCCCACCGGCACUCAGCAGCAGCAGCCUUUGAGGAUCAAGUUGAAGUUUAAGAUUUUGCACUAGCCCGAGGCACUACAGAAGUCGGUGAAAAUGCUGGAGACAGUCCGAGACCGAAUGCUGGAAGUGUAUGACAAACUCUUAGUGGGGAGAGACCCACGGCUGAGGGGCUACCUGCUGAUGGAGAGCCCGGUCAACAUGACGGCGAUUCUGCUCGGCUAUCUCUUCUUCGUACUGUACGCGGGCCCUCGAUUAAUGGCCAACCGCAAACCCUUCGAGCUGAAAGGGCCUAUGAUUUUCUACAACUUUUGCUUGGUUUUUCUGUCUAUCUUCAUUGUAUUCGAGUUCUUGAUGUCAGGAUGGGCUACAGAUUAUACGUGGAGAUGUGACCCUUGCGAUUACUCCGACAGCCCUCAAGCACUCCGGAUGGUCAGAGUGGCCUGGUUGUUCCUCUUCUCAAAGUUCAUUGAACUCUUCGAUACGGUGUUUUUUGUGCUACGUAAAAAACACAGUCAGAUUACAUUCCUGCACAUUUUCCACCACUCUUUCAUGCCCUGGACCUGGUGGUGGGGCAUCAGCUUUGCUCCUGGUGGAAUGGGCUCGUUUCAUGCCAUGGUCAACUCGGUGGUCCAUGUGAUCAUGUACUUCUACUAUGGCCUCUCUGCUGCAGGACCUCGCUUCCAGAAGUACCUCUGGUGGAAGAAAUACAUGACCGCCAUCCAGCUGGUGCAGUUUGUACUGGUGUCCCUUCACGCUACCCAGUAUUACUUCAUGCCCAACUGUGAUUACCAGUGGCCUGUGAUCCUCCACCUCAUCUGGAUGUACGGCACCUUCUUCUUCAUCCUGUUCUCCAACUUCUGGUACCAGGCCUACGUGAAAGGCAAGAGGCUACCCAAGAGUACCGAACAGCCGACUCGGAAAGGCAAGGCCGGUGCUGUCCUGUCCAACGGGGCCACGUCCAUUGCUAACGGAGCCUCGCUCACGGCUAACGGCAACGGUAUACAUCACGAGAACGGCUCGGCCAACGGGAAGAAGCACUACGAGAACGGAAGUGCUCACAACGGUAAGAUGAAGAAAGCCUAACCACGGAGAACAGAACAUCCAAAACGUAUGACCACGAGUGCCUGCAUAAAACGCCAUGGAUUCCAAAGAGUGUUUUGGGACUGUUUUUCCCCUCAGCUUGGUUUUGUUCAUUCCCUUUAUUUUGUAGUUUUAAGAUUCACAAAUACAUGGGGAGAUGAAUGAGUCUUGGAUCCCUGUUUGUAUUUUUGUUGUUGUUGUUAUUAAUUAUAAUAGUUAAUCUAUAGAAAAUAAAUAAUGAGCACAAUAAUAUGAAGAGAGGAGAUAAUUUAAUGACUGGCUGUGUUCUUCACUGAUGGUGCUCACCUUGUCAUGAGUGAAUGCACUCCUCUCUUCCUUACUCAGACUCCCCAGUGACCAAAAGCACUGUACAUUUCUCUUAAGGCAACUUGAGCUCCAGCUGUAAAUAGUGUAGUGUACUGUCAGAACUAAUGGGAUUGAUAGGGCUCUAAAUUUUUGUUACUAUAGUAUAUUGGAAAUAUCAAAAAUAAAUUCCAUUUUAAAAUGGUG